CCAACAAGGGUCGGUUAUUUACCACGCCUCCGGCCGCCGCCAUCGCCGGCGGCGACACCCUCUCUCGAUGGCUGCUGCUCCGCUCUACGGCGGGGGCACCGACGACUCGGCGGAGGACUACUCCGCGGCGGCCACCGUCGUCCGCUUCGACCUGCCGCUCCCGCUGCUCCGCGCGCCCGUUCCAUCCCCCUCCUCCGCCCCUGGCGAGCCCCCCGUCCUCGCCUUCCGCGACGCCGCCAGCUGGCGAGCCGCCUGGGACGCCGCCGAGACCAGCCUCAUCUCGCAGUGCGAGGCUGGUGCACGAUCAGGAUGCUCAAUCACUGCAUCACGCAAAUGCAAGGCCCCCUGGUGGAAAGGCUUAUUUGGAGCUGCCCCAACUGAUUAUGAAGAAAGGGCGAGAUGUGAAGAGCGAGAGAUGGCCGCUUGUCUGGAGGCUGCAAAGGAGGCUUGCAUUACGUUUGCAAAGGGAAAAUGCAUCGCACCAUUCCGGGAUGCAAGGAUCGCCUCUGGCGGUCUCCUGGAAAACACACAUUUCGAUGUCUGGUGUGCCGGCAGUGGCAAAGCAUCAUUGACAUCAUCAGCUGUUCUGAACAACCAGCACUCGUUCAGUCCUGGGCCCGGCGUGACAAGCUACAAAGGAAGUGACUUGCUAGACAGCUUAUCAUCUAAAGACAAGGAUAACUCUGGUUGAUGACUGCAUUAAGAAGUUAAGCUUGUCAAGGCAUCAAGAAUGGAUUCAGAACUAGACCCAAUAACAAAAUAAUGACAUAACAUGACGCCUUAUGCUAGUGGUUUCUAUGCUUGUGGUUUUUGUUACCGAUGAAGUUGGUCCAGUGCCUGGAGACAGUUAGGAAACUACUUUGUUGGAAUGGACUGUGAACAUUGAAAAAUAGACUGGAGUUCUGUUGAGGGCUGAGAGCAGGAGCAGUCACCAUUGAGUGGUAAGCAAGACUAUCUGGCUAUUGUGCCUGUUGGCAUUGUUGUGGAUCGUUGUCUGAAUCUAGGCAAGACAACUUGUGUAAUGUUUCUCUAUACGUCAGUUGGUGAAGGAUCGAUUGAGCUGCUGAGGUUCACUUGGAUGCAAUCCUGCUCGCUGGAUCCUUCUGAGAGCUCAGGAUACGAAGGACAUGAGAGUGCAGUUAAUCUGUGCUGUGCCCGACUUUAUGGACUGUGAAUAUGUUUGGUGACUGCAACGGAGUGUGAAUAAUUUGUGUUGGCACAAGCUGCACCCAAACUGAUCGAUUUCCAUAUCCUUUUUUUCUUUCUUUUUUGCUGGCAUGGCAACACCUCUGUAAAGCUGUGGAAGUGUUGUCUCCGCGAUUCAAGGCCAGCAUCCUUGUUCUACGCUGUAGCUGGCCAAAAUCAAUGGACUGUUGUCGUGCUGCGUGUUUCUGCUUCGUUUGUUACUUGUGUAGUCUUAGUCUGGUAGAAGCCAUGAGGCCUCAAGAGAUUCAGAGA